GAAUUCCUCCCACCUUCGCCCUCCAAAGCAGACAAUGGAGAAGGCAGUCAGAACUCUCUAGGGCCAUGUUCAAUGGAAAUAACGAAGAAACCAUUUAAAUACAUGGAGUGUGAACAGAGAAAGGAGAAACAAUUUGAAAGUAUGGAGUUUGGGAAGAGCUUCAGUGACAGUAGAACCAUAACAAAACAUCAACAGACUCACAUUGAGGAGAAAACAUUUAAAUGUAUGGAAUGUGGAAAGAGCUUCAGUCAGAGUGGAAACCUUAGAAUUCAUGAACGGACUCACACGGGGGAGAAACCAUUUAAAUGCAUAGAGUGUGGAAAGAGCUUCAGUCACAGUGGAAACCUUAGAAUUCAUCAACGCUGUCACACGGGGGAGAAACCAUUUCAAUGCAUGGAGUGUGGAAAGAGCUUCAGUCACAGUGGAAGCCUUAGAAUUCAUCAACGGAGUCACACGGGGGAGAAAUCAUUUAAAUGUGCGGAAUGUGGAAAGAGCUUCACUGAGAGUGGAUACCUUAGAAUUCAUCAACGGAGUCACACGGGGGAGAAACCAUUUCAAUGCAUGGAGUGUGGAAAGAGCUUCAGAAAGAGUUGGGGCCUUAGAAUUCAUGAACGGACUCACACGGGGGAGAAAUCAUUUAAAUGUGUGGAAUGUGGAAAGAGCUUCAGUGAGAAUGGAAACCUUAGAAUUCAUGAACGGACUCACACGGGGGAGAAACCAUUUCAAUGCAUGGAGUGUGGAAAGAGCUUCAGUCACAGUGGAAGCCUUAGAAUUCAUCAAUGGACUCAUACAGGGGAGAAACCAUUUCAAUGCAUGGAGUGUGGAAAGAGCUUCAGUCACAGUGGAAGCCUUAGAAUUCAUGAACGGACUCACACGGGGGAGAAACCAUUUCAAUGCAUGGAGUGUGGAAAGAGCUUCAGUCACAGUGGAAGCCUUAGAAUUCAUCAACGGAGUCACACGGGGGAGAAACCAUUUCAAUGCAUGGAGUGUGGAAAGUGCUUCAGUCAGAGUGGAAAUCUUACAAUUCAUGAACGGACUCACACGGGGGAGAAACCAUUUCAAUGCGUGGAGUGUGGAAAGAGCUUCAGACGGAGUGGAGACCUUAGAAUUCAUGAACGGACUCACACGGGGGAGAAAUCAUUUAAAUGUGCGGAAUGUGGAAAGAGCUUCAAUCAGAAUGGACACCUUAGAAUUCAUCAACGGACUCACACGGGGGAGAAACCAUUUCAAUGCAUGGAGUGUGGAAAGAGCUUCAGUCACAGUGGAAGCCUUAGAAUUCAUCAACGGAGUCACACAGGGGAGAAACCAUUUCAAUGCAUGGACUGUGGAAAGUGUUUCACAGAGGGUGGAAGCCUUAGAAUUCAUCAACGGAGUCACACGGGGGAGAAACCAUUUAAAUGCAUGGAGUGUGGAAAGAGGUUCAGUCAGAAUGGACACCUUAGAAUUCAUCAACGCUGUCACACGGGGGAGAAACCAUUUCAAUGCAUGGAGUGUGGAAAGUGCUUCAAUGAGAGUGGAUGCCUUAGAAUUCAUCAACGGAGUCACACGGGAGAGAAACCAUUUCAAUGCAUGGAGUGUGGAAAGAGCUUCAGUCAAAGUGGAAGCCUUAGAAUUCAUCAACAAACCCAUACAGGGGAGAAACCAUAUAAGUGCUAGGACAGUGGAUAGCGGUUCAGUUGUAGUGGAAGUGUUUCUAGCCAUCAAAAGACUCGGAGUGUUAAGAGCUGUAAGAGUGGAAACUCUACAAGCCAUCCAGUAACUCAAAGAAGAGAAACAGUUUAAAUAGAAGGAGUGUGGAAUCUGCUUUGGUUAUUAUGGAAUGCUUUCCAAAACAUCUACCGACUUCCAUGGUGUUGAACUAUUUAGAGUGCAGAACAUGUUUCUCUCCGAGUUGACACUUGCUUUCACAUCAUUAACAGGAAAUCAAUCUUAAAUGCAUGCAGCGUAUGUGAGCUUUUGUUGUUUGCAUGUAAUGUUGUCUAGACAUGUAUUUAAAGUAAUGAAGGUAACAUUUCACAAUAGUAAGCAUAAUAUAAUAUUUAAUGU